CCCUUUUGGACAUGGUCCCUGAUCCUGCAGACUUCGUUACCAGGCAGCUAGGAUACCUGCCUACCUGAACCUGAACCUCUAGCAACGGCGAAAAAUCGCACCGCAGAACCACGAUGGCCCGGUCGACCUUACCCACGAUCCCACUGAUCGUCUUCGGCGUCAUCGAACCUAGUCUGCUCAUUUGGGCAUACAUCAUCGGUAUGCGAGACCCAGCCAGCUAUUUCGCGAACCAGGUCCCUACGACCACCGCAGCUCAAUGGUCGCCCCAGGCGCUCGGCACGACGCUGCAGUUGGUCAACGUCUUCCUCUUACUCGCAGCGAUGGCCGUGGUGUGCUGCUUCUCGCGUGACCCGGCCACGGCAAAGUGGUAUUUGGCCGCCGUCGCGUUCGCCGACUACGGGCACAUCUACGCGGCAUACCGUGGGGUUGGCGCCGAGACCUUUUUCCGGCCCUCUGAGUGGAACGACAUGGUUUGGGGCGGAGUGGGAGUCAGCGCCGUCCUGAAUGUCCUUCGGUGGCUGACACUGUUCGGUGCGUUCGGCCCAGUCGCAGAGCAGAAGGCUGCAAGCGGUGCCAAGAAGCAUCAGUGAAGUUGGAUGACGGUUGGGUGAAGGCUUUGUUGCAAUGAAGAGUGCAGAAUUAUCUGUGAAGAGAUGUUAUGUUCGAGAAUGACAGGGUUAGGGCUGAGGCGGCCGAACCGUUAAACGCCACAUGCGCGUAACCCAAAGCCUGCAGGAUUGCUCGGGACUGGGAGCAAGAAGAUGUCUUUUUAUGUCUGUUUAUAUGAGGCUUUACCUGUAUCCAAGUCUACAUAAAUACUGCCCUCGCGAUUAGCUGAAAUUAAACAGCAGCAUCGCAAAAGGCAAGCGUGGAACUUGCUCGCGUCUGCGUUGAGCGUUCUGGGGCUGCCGGACCGGGACGGGACUUGUGAUCUGCGGCUUGCGGCUAACGUUACCGGUAUGGAAGAUUU